CUCUUUUUUCAUUUUUGUUUUCGUCUGCAUCAAUCAUGUCGGGUGCUGUGGGCCGUGAGGCAGUCUUUCCGACUCGCCAGUCGUUGGGGUUGAUGAAGGGUAAACUAAAGGGUGCUGAGACUGGACACAGUUUGUUGAAGCGGAAGAGUGAGGCUUUGACCAAGCGUUUCCGGGAGAUCACUCGGCGCAUCGAUGAGGCCAAGCAGAAGAUGGGACGGGUCAUGCAAAUCGCCGCUUUCUCGCUUGCCGAAGUCAGCUAUGCGGUCGGAGGAGAUAUUGGCUAUCAAAUUCAGGAGUCCGCCAAGCAGGCCCGGUUCCGUGUGAGGGCCAAGCAAGAGAACGUCUCUGGUGUCUUGCUCCCUCAUUUCGAGAGCUACACGGAGGAUGGAAUCAACGACUUUGGCUUGACGGGUCUCGGAAAGGGUGGUAUGCAGGUCCAGCGCUGUCGGGAGACCUAUGCCAGAGCGGUGGAAACGCUAGUGGAGCUGGCGAGUCUACAGACCGCAUUCGUGAUUCUAGAUGAGGUCAUUAAGGUGGUGAACCGGAGAGUCAACGCCAUCGAGCACGUCAUCAUUCCUCGUACUGAAAACACCAUCAAAUACAUCAACUCGGAGCUGGACGAGCUCGACAGAGAAGAGUUCUACCGCCUGAAGAAGGUUUCCGGUAAGAAGCAGCGCGACAACGCCGCUGCAGACGCAGAGAUCCUGGCUGCACGGCAGAAAGAGGCAGCCAGGCUGCAGGAGAGCGCGGAUGCUGAGAAGAAGGAAGAAGAGACACCUGAAGCACCCGACGUCCUCGGAGAGCAAGAAGAUGCCGACGUGAUUUUCUAGGCGCCGUUCAGAUUCCCUUUCGCCCUGUAACUAGUACCUCCCUCACCUACACUUUCUAGCCUGGAGCAGUUCUUUUUCGUCACUUCAUAUGCUUUACACUGUCAGAUAUCACACCGCCAGCCAAAUGAUUUACCUCAAAAAGAGACAUCAGACAUGCU